AUGCUUGUUGAAUUUAGGGUUUUAACAGGAGAACGCUUUCGUUUGAACCUCCUGGCAAAUGCUUCAAUCAAGCAGAUCAAGCAAUUUCUUGUCAACAAAAACUAUUUACAACCAGGAGUUAUCAAAAUAAUUUUUCGUGCACAUUAUUUACACGAUUUAGUUACUAUAUCUUCAUUAAACAUGAAACCAUCAGAUUUUUUAUUAUGUCUUAGCCGUCCUGUUAAAGAUGUUCCAUCAAAUUCUCAAGAAAAUCAAGAAGCUAAUCAACAGAAUGCAACCGAAAACCAGCAAGAAGGACAAGAUCAACAACAGAAUCAAAAUCAAAACGAUUCUGAGAGCGAAGAAUCUCGAAGAACUUUGGCCGAUUUAGGUUUUACGCGCGAAGAAGCUUAUAUUGCAUUACGACUAUCUCAAGGAGAUGUGCAAAGAGCUGCAGAACUUCUUGUCUAUCACAGAAAUCAAAGAAAUGGCAAUUCAAACAACAUUCCUCCUCCAGAUAUUCCUCAAACAGUUUUUCAGCUUCCACAGCAGCAAAAUCCUCUUAGAAACAUAGUAAAUGUCGAACAAGCCACAAGUCAAAACAACAGAGACGAUGUUGACAGCAUCGAAAUCAAUAGUGAUAGUGACUACUAUUAUUCUGAUUACGAAGAUGACGAACCCAAUUUCCUUGGAUCAGGGAAGAAUAUUCCUAUUGUAGAAGAAAUAAAGAAGCAUCCAGAAAAGCUUGUAACCAUAAUUCAAACUGUUGACUCAAUGGAUCAUGAUUUUGCAACCACGAUACGUUCAAAUCCAGAAGCCUUCCUCACAAAGAUCGGUGCUGAUCCAAGAAGGUACCAAUGCGAAGAAAUCAGAUUUAUUUCACCCGAAUUUAGGUUUUUGCCCUCAGGAAUUCGCCGUAGCAUGAGAAACAUCCUCAUGAUGAACAAGCAAGGCCUGUUUAACAUCGUGGAGAUGCUCGCGGAAACAAAUCCAGCCGAAUUUGAGAAUCCUGUCAGAACAAACCCAGAGGGUUUUAUAAUCGCUCUAGGAUUGGAUCCGAGCGAAUAUGAUUGCGACAGCAUAAGAAUUGGGACACAACCAACUUUGCAGGAGAUCUCAAAAAAUUUGACACAAGAAGAACUUGCUGAGGUCAAGUAUUUGAAUAACCUUGGUAUAGGAAUCAACUAUAUCUUGAAUAGACUUCAAUAUUAUAAUCACAACGUGAAAUUGUUGCAUGAUGAGUUAACUGCUUUUAAGAAAUGA